AUUUGGAAAGAGAACUUUUUUAAAAAAGAAAUAAUCAUGAUCGUAUCUGUUCUUGUGGUCGUUUUGAUGUUCAUAUGAGACUCAAUGAUUUGGCUCUAGAGAUAGAUCCAUAUAUAUGUUCUACGCGAGAGUUUUUGGAUUCUUUUUCAUUCCCACAGUCCUGUCACAAGGAAAAAACGAAUAUCAGGAAAGGACUUAUUUUUCAUUGUCUGAAACAGAGAAAAGGAAAGAAAGAAAAAGAAAAAUAGAUCCCGCUGCCAAACGCAACAGUCUCCACUGAGUGCAUUCGGAAAAUCCUAAGGCAGCCAAUAAAAGAUCGGAAGCGAGCAAGACAGGAAGGGACAGAGCACGGGAGCGUGCGCUGGGAGGCUGUGUGUGAGUUGCUGGCUUUUUCUUUUUAAUUUAAUUUCUCUCCUGCUCGCACCACGGACAAUGUACCAAGACUUCCCAGGAAAUUUUGACACGUCCUCCCGGGGCAGCAGCGGGUCUCCAGGCCAUCCGGAAACUUACUCCAGCCUCACAACUCAACAGAAAUUCCGGGUAGAUAUGCCAGGAUCGAGCAGCACUUUUAUUCCUACUCUGAACGCCAUUACCACCAGCCAAGACCUGCAGUGGAUGGUUCAGCCCACUGUGAUCACCUCCAUGCCAAGUGCCUACUCUCGCUCGCAUCCUUACAGCCAUGCGCUGCCAAACUUGUCGUCGGUUACUGGACACACAGCCCUUCAGAGACCUGGUGUCAUUAAAACCAUCGGGACCGCAGUGGGCAGGAGGAGAAGAGAUGAGCAGUUGUCACCUGAGGAAGAAGAGAAGCGAAGGAUUAGGAGAGAGAGGAACAAACUAGCAGCUGCUAAGUGCCGUAACAGACGUCGAGAGCUGACAGAGAAACUCCAGGCUGAAACUGACGAGCUGGAGGAGGAGAAGUCCGUCUUGCAGAAGGAGAUUGCUGAUCUGGAGAAAGAAAAGGAGAAGCUGAAGUUCAUGCUGAUGGCUCACAGCCCCAUGUGCAAAAUUAGCCCUGAGGAGCGUCGAACCCCACCACCACACAGCCUCCAGACCAUCCGGACCGGAAUGAGUGGUGCCGUGGUGGUGAAGCAGGAACCUAUGGAGGAAGAGAUCCCCUCCUCCUCUUCUGACCUUGAAAAGGGGCAGAGAUCUGUCAUCAAGCCCAUCAGCAUUGUAGGGGGGUUUUAUGGGGAAGAGCCACUCAACACUCCCAUUGUGGUGACCUCAACUCCUGCCAUCACCCCUGGAACAUCCAACUUGGUCUUCACCUACCCCAGCGUGCUGGACCAAGAGUCGCCACUCUCCCCUUCAGAGUCAUGCUCCAAAGCUCACCGGAGGAGCAGCAGUAGCGGUGACCAGUCCUCCGAUUCCUUGAACUCGCCAACUCUGCUGGCGCUGUAACCCUUUGGCCGCUGCUCCAUCCAGUUAUUCUGGGGGGGAACCUGCCUCCCCCAACUUUGAGCUUAGAAGACCAGCACAAUGACAUUAAAGCACAAGGGCAGCAAGAGCAAGAAGAGGCAAUGGUGUCACUCCAGGUACUUCCUGAGGCAGGAAGAACCAGAACCAUAUAGGCAUAGGGUGGGGGAGCAGAACUGGCAUGAUGGGGACCCAAGUGCUUAGACGACAUGGUAGUGGGGAAGCCCCUCCCACUCAACUGAGUGCAAUUGGAUGUGAGCUUUGGUGAUUUGCUAGCCAUUCCCGUUAUGCCGAUGGUUUGACCAGGUUCCCUUCUGUGCUAAGUAGUACAUUCCAGUUAGUUGAUCUCAUUUUGGGCCUUUUGAUUUUUCUGUUGGAUACCACGACAUUUCGAAAACGCUAAUGGCUUGUGGCUAUUGUCAUUAAACCGCAGAUGAUGUUGGGAUCUGCCUCUGGGGAACUCUUGCUGUGGGAGGGUGAUUUUGGGCUGAUGGUGGCGGAGCCAAGAUGAAUCAAUAAUAAGUCCAAAUGGUUCUUUUCGAAAUGGUACACUCAGCGCCUUCGUGGAAGGUAGCAGUGUGGAAGCAAGCAAGCUGA